UGACUCGGACUCUGAAAACCCCACAACCACAAAACCGUAAAUCCAAGCAAAUAAGCUAAAACAGAAAAGAAAUCGAAGCGAAUAGAAAACAAAUCAUGGCUGUUUGCUCACUCCCACUCAUCAAAAUCCCCCUCCUAUUACCUUCUCUUCUUCUAGGAGUAGGAACUCUACCAUCAAAUUCAAUCUCCCGCCAUUUCCCAUCUUCCUAUUACAAGAAUCAAUUAUCAUCAUCAUCAUCAUCAUCCAACUACAAUUACAAGCCAUCAGCAUCGUAUCGUUUUCCUCCUGGUAGACGUUCCAUCGAAGAAGACGAAGAUGACGAUGAUGAAGACGAUUUGGUCGGUGGCGGGGCUAAGUUCACAGAGGCGGUGGCGCUAUUUAACAGCAGAGAUUACCACGGAUGCCAUGACUUUCUAGAAUCAAUUUGGAACGAUUCCGAAGAUCCUAUCAGAUCCCUCGUUCACGGAAUCCUACAGUGCGCAGUCGGCUUCCACCAUCUCUUCAAUCAGAAUCAUAAAGGCGCGAUGAUGGAGAUCGGAGAGGGAGUCUGCAAGCUACGAAAAUUAAAUUUCGACUCCGGACCUUUUCAUCAAUUCGAAAGAGACAUGUCUGCAGUUCUGGAUUUCAUUUAUCACACCCAGAUAGAGUUCGCCGCCUGUAACGAAGACAUGUGUGUUGCUAUGGAUCAAUCGGAAACCUCAUACAAACUUCUGGGUGGUUAUGGCGCCGGAAAACAUCUAUACUGGUUAGAAAUGGAUGGAUCUGCAAGCUUAUAUAUAGUUUUUUGCCCUGAUAGAUCUAAUACUUCUGAUAACCAGCCAAGGGUUAGACUUCCAAUUCUUUACGCUUCUCAAGAACAUCUUAUGGACUUGAUAUGAUUUGAUGGACGAUUAUUGUUUAAGAUUUGUUAGAUUUCAAUCGCAAAGGGAAAUCAUGAAAAACUAUAUUUAGAUAGA